AUGUACGACGACAACCCGGAGUUCACCGAUAUAUUUACUAUAACCUCAACGAUGGGGUGUGGAUCCAGCAUGGACUCCUUUGACGAGCCCAAAACCGUUGUGGUUUUUGGAGCUACUGGUUUACUUGGGGGUUCUGUCGCACGUGCUCUGUUGAGCGACCCCUUCAAAUUCCGAGUUAGAUGUGUGACGCGGAAAACAAAUAGCGACAAAGCGCGGGAGUUGGCGGAACUUGGUGCUGUGAUAGUGAAUGCUAAUCUUGAUGACACCAAAUCACUUGAGAAAGCUCUGGUCAAUGCAGAUGCCAUGUUUCUCACCACCCACUUCUGGGAGGAGAAGAACAAACAAAAAGAGAUUGUACAGGGCCUAAAUGCUAUUGAUGCAGCAGUCAGUUGUGGAGUGUCACAUAUCAUCUUCAAUGGUUCCGAAAAUGUCAAAAAAUUAAUUGGACGAGAUUGCAAUCAUCUUGACUCCAAGUUUUCUAUAGAAGAAUAUAUCCGGGAAGUUGACACUGAGGAUGGACAAGGUCUUAACUACACAAUUCUCCGCCUACCAUUCUGGUUUGAAAAUUUCUACACUGUCUUCAAGCCAUACAAAUUAAAGUAUGGAGUGUAUGCAUUAGCCCUACCAAUGGAGGAUGGUACACUUGACUGUAUGGCGGUGGAGGAUGUAGGUGAUUGUGUUUACGACAUACUCUGUAAGCCUAGACUUUAUUACGGAAAGACAUUGGGACUAUGUGCAGAUCGACUCACCAUGUCUAGUAUGGUGGACGUAUUCAACAAACACUUUGACAGUAUGAAAUUCAAGGAUCCAAAAAUGAAGAUUCGAGAUUAUGAGAACUUCAAAUUUGCUGGAGCUAAGGAUCUUGCAGCCAUGUUUGAGUUUUACAAGGAUUCAACAUGUAUACGGGAUAUAAAAUUAACAAAGAAACUUAAUUCUCGCACAAAAACAUUGGACAAAUGGCUUGACGAGAACAAAGACUACGUAGAAGAAGCAAUACGAGAAGACGAAGAGGAGACAGAAGGGAAAGCCUGA